UUUUUUUUAAACUAAAAUGGAGGCUGGUUUCUUGCCUUAAGGAGUACAUUGCCUUUCCCGCUGAAGUCUAGAUGUUGACAUGUAAUAAAGCGGGCAGCAGGAUGGUGGUGGAUGCGGCCAACUCCAAUGGGCCUUUCCAGCCCGUGGCCCUUCUCCAUAUUUGAGAUGUUCCUCCUGCUGAUCAAGAGAAGCUUUUUAUCCAGAAGUUACGUCAGUGUUGUGUCCUCUUUGACUUUGUUUCCGAUCCACUAAGUGACCUAAAGUGGAAGGAAGUAAAACGAGCUGCCUUAAGUGAAAUGGUAGAAUAUAUCACCCAUAAUCGGAAUGUGAUCACAGAGCCUUUUUACCCAGAAGUAGUCCAUAUGUUUGCAGUUAACAUGUUUCGAACAUUACCACCUUCCUCCAACCCUACGGGAGCAGAUUUUGACCCAGAGGAAGAUGAGCCAACGUUAGAAGCAGCCUGGCCUCACCUGCAGCUUGUUUAUGAGUUUUUCUUAAGAUUUUUAGAGUCUCCAGAUUUCCAACCUAAUAUAGCAAAGAAAUAUAUUGAUCAGAAGUUUGUAUUGCAGCUUUUAGAGCUCUUUGACAGUGAAGAUCCUCACGAGAGAGAUUUUCUUAAAACUACCCUUCACCGAAUCUAUGGAAAAUUCUUAGGCUUAAGAGCUUACAUCAGAAAACAGAUAAAUAAUAUAUUUUAUAGAUUUAUUUAUGAAACAGAGCAUCACAGUGGCAUAGCAGAAUUACUGGAAAUACUGGGAAGUAUAAUUAAUGGAUUUGCCUUACCACUAAAAGAAGAGCACAAGAUUUUCUUAUUGAAGGUGUUAUUACCUUUGCACAAAGUGAAGUCUCUGAGCGUCUACCAUCCUCAGCUGGCAUACUGUGUAGUGCAGUUUUUAGAAAAGGACAGCACCCUCACUGAACCGGUGGUGAUGGCACUUCUCAAGUACUGGCCAAAGACUCACAGCCCAAAAGAAGUCAUGUUCCUAAAUGAACUAGAAGAGAUUCUAGACGUAAUUGAACCAUCAGAGUUUGUGAAGAUCAUGGAGCCUCUCUUCCGGCAGUUAGCCAAGUGUGUCUCCAGUCCCCACUUCCAGGUGGCAGAGCGAGCGCUGUAUUACUGGAAUAACGAGUACAUCAUGAGUCUCAUCAGUGACAACGCAGCAAAGAUUCUGCCCAUCAUGUUUCCAUCCUUGUACCGCAACUCAAAGACCCACUGGAACAAGACAAUACAUGGCUUGAUAUACAAUGCGCUGAAACUCUUCAUGGAGAUGAACCAAAAACUAUUUGAUGACUGCACCCAGCAGUUUAAAGCAGAGAAACUGAAAGAAGCUAAAAAUGAAGAACGAGAAGAAGUGUGGGUUAAAAUAGAAAACCUAGCCAAAGCAAACCCCCAGGUACUAAAAAAGAGAGUAACAUGAAAACGUCUAGGGUGUAACUUGAAUGUUUUUAUGAGAUAAGAGUG